CGGUAGCGGGAAGGAGUCAUAUACAACAUAAAACAUAAUACAUUUGAAACUGGAAUUAUGCUCCAAUUUGGAAUUGUUUUCCAUCUAUUGGAAAGUCUGAUUCUGAGGAGAAAGUGAUUGGCAAUGUAAUAAAUAUUAUACGGUAUCUCUGUUUUUUUCAAAUCCAAUAGUUUGAACUCCACUACUAACAGUAAAAGUAACUAUUCCCCUAAACGUAGUUUGCUAAAUGUGUUUUUCGCUAUAUUCACAAUAUUCCUGUUUGUAAGCGGAACUUCUUUUGCUUGUGGUACAGGAGUUGGAGGAUGCGUUUUUCAGAAACACUUUUUACAGUACAUGUUGGAUAGAUGUCAUAGUUAGAAAUGGGAGAAGUACAUUAUCAUUAAGUAUCAUGGAUAACAUGGAUGGAGAAUAAAUUAUAAGGACCAUCGCUUUUAUGAAAUAGAAUCAUUCAGGAAUUUUAAACAUAAUUUAGGUACAAUAUCGAAAUCGUAAUAAAUAAAUAAAUAAAUAAAUAAAUAAACCUGACCGGAUGCUUUAGGACGACGACUAGUUUCUAGUCGGAAUACUGUACAGAGGUACUUCAUUUAAAGAGAAGCUGAAAUGCUGCUGAGGUUAGCAAUAGAAAAGGUCUGCAGGUCAACCAGCAUCCAUUCUGGGUGCUGGAAGGCCAGGACAGGAACUUGGUCCAGAUGGAGAUUUCUAGAGAAAAUAAAUUACAGUUCUUUUCCAGGGGAUCACGUCAAGUCUGCAAGAACGGUCGUCAGUCCAGACAUAGCCAAAAUCCGCAAUAUUGGUAUCAUGGCUCACAUUGACGCAGGAAAGACCACGACGACAGAGAGAAUGCUUUAUUACUCAGGAUACACCCGGGCGCUCGGAGAUGUUGAUGAUGGCGACACUGUGACAGAUUUCAUGGCGCAGGAGAGAGAGCGGGGGAUUACCAUUCAGUCAGCUGCUGUCACCUUCGACUGGAACGACCACAGGAUUAAUCUGAUUGACACACCAGGUCAUGUGGAUUUCACAGUUGAAGUUGAACGGGCACUUCGAGUGCUGGACGGUGCUGUAGCUGUUUUUGAUGCUUCAGCUGGUGUGGAGGCACAGACACUGACCGUUUGGCGUCAAGCAGACAAGCAUCAUGUCCCACGCAUCUGCUUCCUUAACAAAAUGGACAAGCCUGGAGCCAGUUUCGUGUAUUCAAUUGAGAGCAUCAGACAGAAACUAAAGGUCAAGCCUCUCCCUCUACAGAUACCCAUUGGAACUGGCAAAGCCUUCGAAGGGCUGGUGGAUCUAGUUACCAAUGAAAAGAUCACUUGGAGCCCCAAAUCAAGCCGUGAUGAUGGGAGAGUGUUUGAGAGGAGACCCCUGACCACUGCCGAUGAUCCUGACUUGGUGAAAGAAGCCAGAGAUGCAAGAAGUGCCCUAAUAGAACAAAUAGCUGACCUGGAUGACGAAUUUGCAGAGUUAGUUCUGGGGGAAUUCAAUGAGAAUUUGGAUGCAUUGCCCUCUGUGAAACUGCAUGCUGCUAUUCGCCGGGUCACAUUGGCUCGUACGGCUGUGCCUGUGUUCUGUGGAAGUGCUCUGAAGAACAAAGGAGUCCAGCCGUUACUGGAUGCCAUCACAAUGUACCUGCCGGCUCCCAACGAACGCCACCAUGAGCUGUUGCAGUGGUACGGGGAUGAUCUGUGUGCCCUGGCUUUCAAAGUCAUUCAUGAUAAACAGCGUGGGCCUCUGGUGUUUGUGCGCAUCUACUCUGGGACCAUGAAGCCCCAGUCUUCCGUCUAUAAUAUCAACAGGAACACCACGGAGAGGAUAAGUCGCCUCUUGCUCCCGUUUGCUGACCAGCAAAUAGAGAUCCCUUCCUUGACUGCUGGAAACAUUGCCCUCACUGUUGGGCUGAAGCAGACUGCCACCGGGGACACUGUUGUUUCUUCCAAAUCUUCUGCGGCCGCUGUUGCCCGUCGGGCAGGGAAGGAUGAUGGGAAGAAGCGAGGUUCUGCCCAAGAGAGCCUGGUGCUGGCAGGGGUUGAGAUCCCACAGCCUGUCUUCUUCUGCACUAUCGAGCCGCCUUCAAUGGCCAAACAAGCAGACUUGGACCAUGCCCUGAACAGCUUGCAGAGGGAAGACCCCAGCCUGAUUGUCAAGACUGAUCCAAACUCAGGGCAGACUAUAUUGUGCGGAAUGGGAGAGCUGCACAUUGAGAUCAUCCAUGAUCGAAUCCGAAGGGAAUAUGGGAUUGAGACUCAGCUGGGACCUCUGCAGGUGUCUUACCGGGAAACCAUCCUGAACUCCAGCACCGCUGCAGAUACACUGGACAGGACGAUCGGGGAUAAGAGACACUUGGUCAGUGUGGAGCUGGCAGUGAGCCCCUGUGAGGGGGAGGAGGGGUCAGCCUCGCUCCCAGUCAUCAGCUACUCGGACACUGCAGAGCAGCUUGCCCAGGACGUGAAGGACGCUGUGGAGAACGGAAUACACAGCUCUUAUCUCCAAGGCCCCCUGCUGGGGUUCCCUAUGCAGGAUGUGGUCGUCUCAGUCCAGUCAGUGCACGUACGAGCAGGAACAUCCAUGCCAAUGGUCUCCGCCUGCAUCUCCCGCUGCAUGCAAAAGGCUCUAAAGCAAGCAGGGAGCCAGGUCCUGGAGCCACUCAUGAGCCUGGAGAUCACAGUGAGUGAAGAGCACCUGGGCACUGUGCUGGGAGACCUGGCACAGAGGAGGGGCAGCAUUCAUGAAAUCCAGAGCCGACAAGACAGCAAAGUGGUGCUGGCAUCUGUUCCACUAGCAGACAUGAUGGGAUACUCAACUGUUCUCCGCACUUUAACCUCUGGAACAGCCACUUUCACGCUGGCGCUGUCCAGUUAUGAGGCAAUGAACGUACAGGAUCAAAACACACUUGUCAGCAGGAUGACAGGACUGGCAUAAUGAGAUCAAGAAUACUGGGAUAAUGGGACCAUGAAGAUUUUUUGCCCUGUACAGACUGUACCUGUUUCCCAUCCUGGGAGAAGCUUGAAGCAGACAUGCCUGUUCAAAAAAAUUCCUCGGCUUCCGUGUGAAUUUUGUUAUAAAAAAAAAAAAAAACUUAAACAAGCCUAUUGCUGCCGAACGAAAUCUUUCUGUUGCAAUCAGUUUCAGUCAUGAUGGGCAAGACAGCUGACAAGACAAGACUGUGAUGGAGUGCUGAUAUUAGAAAACAAUGACUUUGCAAUUUAAACACUUUGCACAUCAAAUCAGUGCUGUGCCCAACAACUGAGUACUUUUCAGUGAGCAUGAAGACACAAGUGUUAAGAAUAUGUAAAAUCUUUUUUUGUAAAAAAAAAAAAAAUACAAACUUAAAAAAUCAUCAUGCAAGUGUAGUUCAGUAUCACUACUGUAGUAUCCAGAAAGUUAUACAGUGCUUGAGGUUGGUUCAGCCAAUUGGGGAGCAGAUUGAUAUUUAUUUAUUACGUAACUGUAUACAAACAGACACUACCUCAUGGGUCUCCUCAACUGAAAGAUGAGAUUGUUCGUACUUGCAGAUGUCUGGAAUUGCAAGACCUGUGAUAGCCCUGAAAAAUCAUUCUGUUGGUACUGUAACUGAAUGGAACACUGAUCAGCAACAUCAAAACAGCAGAAAUGAAAACAAAACAACUAAAGCGUUCAAACUGCAUGAGCAAGUGCACAGAAAAGCAGCAACUAUGAA